ACCGUUUUACCCAGAUCCAAUUAUUGCGGGAAAUGUGAUUUCAACUCAUGCCAAGUGGCAGUGCAAAUUGCACUGAAUGUACAUCUGUAUUAACCGUUUCGAAUUCCAUUGGCACUAUGAGUACGGAGCCAUGUGUGUAUUUCAACUCCCCCUCGGGAUGUUGGUUCGGUGACCACUGUAGGUUCACCCACGUGAAAGGUGUGGCCCCAAGGUGCCGUUUCUACAGUGGACCAGGUACCUGCAGAAAUGGAAGUCAGUGUUAUUUUAGACAUGUGGAUCUUGAAGGACAGACUAAAAAACUUAAAGACGUAAUAACAUCCGAGGUUGACAAAGGAAUUGCAAGUGCACUUCAAAAAUUAUCCAUGAGUUCUGAUGAUGCAAAAUCCUUUGGAUCCAAGAAUAAAACCAAAAAAGAAAAUGAUGAAUCGAAGAAGGAACCAACAGCUGAAGGUGAUACCAGAAAAAUAGUGUGGAAAGAGAAAUCAGCAGAGGUUGACUGUGCUUCUAAACUAGAGAAUGACAAGCCUGACGGUGAAACCAUAGCUUCCCCUCCCGAGGACAAUAGCUGCUUGAAAAAGGAAGAACAAAAUACUUGUGUUGAUAAAAACAGCAAGAUGGACAAAAGUGGAUCAAUUAAAUGUGGAGAAUGUGGAAAACUCAUUCACAUGAAAACGUUGCCAGGAGUUUCAAAUGAAGAGCCUGAUGAUGCUGAGGAUGAUGGGAAAUCAGUUAGUAGCACCGACAGUGAUGUCAUUCACAAAUACAACGAGCUGGAGCAACAUUACUACCACAAGCUCCUCAGCAUGAACAAGGACCACCUGGGCUUUCUGCAGCAUGAUCCUCGCUUCCAUAAAGAGACGCUGUGCAAUGUCUGUGGCCGUGUGUUUGGGAAGACCCGACAUCUUCUGCAACACAUCACGGACAAAGUCAAGUCUGGCAGCGAUGACGAGGAGAAUCACACGGAACUCCUACACGAGCUGGUCUUGGCAUUCACAACUCGAGACAUUGGCCUGGACGAUGACAAGGAAUGUAUGGACACCCUGCUUCUUCAGCUGGUGGCGUCCUACACGGGGGACAGCGACUCCUCUAGUGACUCGAACCAUAGAAAUCUGGGCGACUUCUUCAGAAUACUAGCUAUGAAAGAGCACCUUGGAGACUCGGAUGAUUCUGAUUAUGCCUGUAAUCCCUGGGGAUUUGACGAGGAUGACAUGUUUGAGCUGGCCUGUCAGGGGAUCAAACCUUGGGACCCCGAGGCUGGAAUGGCCCUAGCAGUCCUCAAUGGAUACAUUGACAUUUGAGAAUAAGAUGGAUGCUUUGAACACAGAGUUCAUGCUUUGAUUUUGAAACAAUUUCUACAAGUUACUGUUCAAGAUUUGUGGUUCUACCUCAAUUUUUGAGGUGUUUGUCUUUCAAGUAAAUAUUUUUUGAUUGUAUUUAAAAAAAAAUAUGUAAUUGAUAUACAUGAUGUACAUUAUAUUUAUACUUUUCUGCUGUCAUUUAGAAUGUUUGCUGCUUAUAUUUCUAUGCAUUUAAUUGACCAAGGGCAUACUCUAAAACCUGGCCUGGCCUGGCUUGGCCCCAUUUGCCCGGCCUGGCCUCAAAGUUGGCCUGGCCUCACUUUUGGCCUCAAAAUUGGCCUGGCCCCAAAUUUUGGCCUGGCCUCAAAAAUUGGCCUGGCCUCAAAUUUGGCCUCUUAAAAAAUGUUUAGCCUCAAAUUUAUAUUUAUAUUUUCUUUACAUAUUUGAUGUUUUUAUUGAUUUUUUAUUGAUUUAUUUUCAAUGCACUUUAAACAUCCCUUUUGGUGGCUAUAGUGUCAUAAAGUGAAAGUGUUUUAAAAAUAAUAGUUACAAUUGAAAAUAUAGUACUAACAAUAUAUGUGUAUGACUACAAGUAUGUUGAGUAAUCAAUUCUAACAGAUUUUUAUUCAGUCUGAUUUAAAUUAUUUAGAACUUAAGAAUGUGAUUUUGCCCUGCCAUUAUAUAAUCAUGGCAUGUUUUUGCAAUGUAUUUAGAUCAAACUGCUCUCAGGAUUUGACAAUAUCUAUGAAACUCUUCCUUUACCAACGACUUCUUUGAGAAAAAAGUAAUGGAAGAGGCCAAUAUUUGUUUAUUCUAAUCAACAUAAAAAAUCACAAAAUAUUCUGCUUUGUUCAAAUUCUGAUAAUGACAUUUCCCCA